AUGAGUCUGAGCUCGUGCCUGAGGGCGAUGACGUGGCGUGCACACGCCAACGGUACAAAAAUAAAGAGACUGUUCUUGGUCCUUGGCCGUCCUUUGUCCUCUUUCGAUAAUACCAUAAAUGCUAUUGGUCUCGAUCUUCAAUUCAAUCUGGGAAUGGUUGUUUCCUUUCUUGUCUCUAGCAUCUAA